AGUUUUGAGUGGGUCCAAGCCUUGUCCACUGAUGCUGAUGAUAUUAAGCAUAUGGAGACCUGUUAGUUUGCUGGUAAUAGAGACGCUCAAACGAUGAAUCAGUUUGUAGUAUAAUCAAAAGGGAAUGAUGCUCAUCAGGCGGCUCAUUAUGCGAGGGAUCAUCUAUAGUGACGUGGGUCUUACUGAACUUUGCGCGUGGACUGCGUGUGACACGCGGCCAGCGCAACACCGUGCUGUCAUCCAAACUUAGCGGAGCCCCCAUGUGAAGCGUCAGACUGACCGCCUGGCUGCCAGAUCACCAGGCUCUCCACUUCACAUCUUCUGCAGAUGCUCGAUCAGGUGGCUGCUGCUGCUGCUGCAACUUCAUCACCGCGGACUGUGCAGUGAUGGUCGAGUGUGUGGAUGUGGAUUAGAGAGAAAGAGAAGGGGGGUCCGACUGGCUGAUGCUGAACACCUGCACGUGGCGGCGGAAGACAGCCUUCUUUUUCCUUUACUCGACCUCCAGCCGCCUGCAGACUCGCUCCGCCCGUCAAGCGAGAGAAAGCCAACGAUGAGCGCCUCUCUUCCGAAAAGCGAGUCGACCACUUCUCUGCUGAGAUCGUCGGGGCUCAACCGCAGGUCCGCGCACUCGGAUCACGGUCCGCACGGUCACCGGAGUCACCGCGGCCACUGCCAUCCCACCGGAGCUGGAGGCGGCGAUGAUGCGGGCUGGACGGAGGACUGCGAGCCGAGCGCGCGGAGACCUCUCUGCCAACCCAGACACGCUGACUCACGAAAUUUAGGUGAUCAUCACCGGGUGCAGAAAAGCCACGCUCACCGGCAAACCGGCCCGCAGGAUGAUGGUUACGCUCAGGAGGACGUGAGACACAGGACGAGUCGGCAUCAGAGAGAGCGCGGCAAGUCCUCCAGGUCCAAACACUCGCAUCACCACCACGACUCCUCCCGAGGUGAGCUGCCUCCCGCAGAGCACCAUCACCAGGGCGGCUCCCGGCAGGACAGGAGGACCUCUCCAACUCCAUCAUAUCCCCAAAACGCGGACGACGCGGCUUUCUUUUUCGAGCCCAGGGAGAGAGUCAUCACCGGGUCGUCCUCCAGCCUCAGCUCCGACCCACCUGCGGCGAGUGCACCUGUCCAGCCCGCAUCCAGCCGCACAUCCAAAAGACUGAGCGCGACCUCUUCUGAAUAUGACUCUAGUCUUCAUCCCAUAGUGAAGUCAGUCUUUGGGCAGGACCGAGAGUUGAGGCCAGAAGAAAUGGAUGAGUUGCGCGAGGCUUUCAGGGAGUUCGACAAAGACAAAGAUGGGUUCAUCGGCUGUAAAGACCUGGGGAACUGCAUGAGAACUAUGGGCUACAUGCCAACAGAAAUGGAGCUAAUAGAACUCAGCCAGCAGAUCAACAUGAACUUAGGAGGACAUGUUGACUUUGAAGACUUUGUUGAACUCAUGGGGCCCAAACUGCUGGCUGAAACAGCAGACAUGAUAGGGGUGAAAGAGUUGAGGGAUGCGUUCAAGGAGUUUGACACAAAUGGUGAUGGCCAGAUCAGCACAGCAGAACUUAGAGAAGCGAUGAAAAAACUUUUAGGACAACAGGUUGGACACAGAGAUCUGGAGGACAUCCUACGAGACAUAGAUCUCAAUGGGGACGGACAUGUAGACUUUGAAGAAUUUGUGCGGAUGAUGUCUCGAUGAGUUUGCUGUAGAGAACCAAGAUGGAUUUUUUGUUGGUAUGGGAUGAAUGGGAGCGAGAGACCUGAUGGAUCUUGAACUUCUGCACUUCUGUCAAUGAACAAGAAAACAAAAACAUAUCAACCCUGCCCUGAAACUGCCACGCUGAAGCACAAAGGCUGACCACAGCAGCCUGGAGCAACACAUGUUGCCGCUGUUUCUUAGAGCGUAAACGAAACCAACAGCUGCAUUUCUGACUUUUACAAAGUAUAUUUUAAAAAGCAUAUUUUCCUUAACCAACGACAUUUCUAAUGCUGAUGUGGCUGUUGACCCAAUGGGUAUUUAUUAUGCUCAAACACUUUACUAUUGUUGUUAAUAAAAGUAGCAAUCAAGAAUA